AGUGACACUAGAAGCCAGCGCACACUCCUUGCCCGGAGCGGCGAGAGAGCAGAGCUUAGCGAGCCGCUUACGUGCAGCUGCCUCUGCCGCCGGUGCACCGGGCUCUGCUUCUGCAGCCCGCGCCGGCGUUCAGCGAGCCAGCCCGUCCCGCAGUGCCAGCUCCGCGGGCGCAUUCAGUAUCCUCCCGCCACCCAGCGCCCGCGUCUGCCCGAGCUGUCCCGCUACCCAAGCCCGGCGCUGCCGCCUGCGCCACUUCGCAGCAACUUCUGCGACCGCGUGUCAGCGGCCUUCUGCUUGUCUUGGAAGUUUGCAGCGCCCGCCACAAAGUUGGGACACUGGGCAUUAAUUUUUGCCCUCGCGUGCAGGUCCCCACGGUUCGUGGAUCCCGGUGUACUUGACAUCUUGGUGGGAUCCCGGGACCUGGGCUUUUUCCGCAUACCACACCCCCGGGGAGAAAAAAAAAACCAACCAACCAAACUUUCCUCUUCCCGCUAGAAAAAACAAAUUCUUUAAGGAUGGAGCUGCUGUUCUGGAGUUUUCUGUGUCUCCUGUUACCACUCACCUCGAGGACCCAGAAGCUGCCCACCCGAGAUGAGGAACUUUUUCAGAUGCAAAUCCAGGAUAAGGCAUUUUUUCAUGAUUCAUCUGUGAUUCCAGAUGGAGCUGAAAUCAGCAGUUACCUCUUUAGAGAUACGCCUAGAAGGUAUUUCUUCAUGGUUGAAGAAGAUAACACCCCACUGUCAGUCACAGUGACGCCUUGUGAUGCACCUUUAGAGUGGAAGCUCAGCCUCCAGGAGCUGCCUGAGGAGUCCAGUGCAGAUGGAUCAGGUAACCCAGAACCACUUGACCAGCAGAAGCAGCAGGUGACUGAUGUGAAGGGUACAGAACUGUUCUCCUACAAGGGCAAUGACGUAGAGUAUUUUCUGUCUUCAAGUUCCCCAUCUGGUUUGUACCAGUUGGAGCUUCUUUCAACAGAGAAAGAUACACAUUUCAAAAUAUAUGCCACUACCACUCCAGAAUCUGACCAGCCAUACCCUGACUUGCCAUAUGAUCCAAGAGUGGAUGUGACCUCCGUUGGACGUACCAUAGUCACUUUGGCCUGGAAGCCAAGUCCCACAGCCUCUAUGUUGAAACAACCCAUAGAGUACUGUGUGGUCAUCAACAAGGAGCACAAUUUCAAAAGCCUCUGUGCAGUGGAAACAAAGAUGAGUGCAGAUGACACCUUCAUGGUGGCGCCCAAACCUGGCCUAGACUUUAACCCUUUUGACUUUGCCCAUUUUGGAUUUCCAACAGAUACUUUGGGUAAAGAUCGCAGUUUCCUGGCAAAGCCUUCUCCCAAAGUAGGGAGAAAUGUCUACUGGAGGCCCAAGGUUGACAUUCAAAAAAUUUGCAUAGGAAAUAAAAAUAUUUUCACAGUCUCUGACCUGAAGCCGGAUACCCAGUACUACUUUGAUGUCUUCAUGGUCAAUACCAACACCAACAUGAGCACAGCUUAUGUGGGUGCCUUUGCCAGAACCAAGAAGGAGGCGAAACAGAAGACAGUGGAGCUCAAAGAUGGGAGGGUCACAGACGUGUUUGUUAAAAGGAAGGGGAAAAAAUUUCUGCGGUUUGCUCCAGUCUCCUCUCACCAAAAAGUCACCUUCUUUAUUUACUCUUGUCUGGAUGCGGUUCAAGUCCAAGUGAGAAGAGACAGAAAGCUGCUUCUGUCACAGAACGUGGAAGGCAUUCGGCAGUUCCAGUUAAGAGGAAAACCCAAAGGAAAAUACCUCAUUCGACUGAAAGGCAACAAGAAAGGAGCAUCAAUGUUGAAAAUACUGGCUACCACCAGGCCCAGUAAGCAUGCAUUCCCCUCUCUUCCCGAAGACACGAGGAUCAAAGCCUUUGACAAGCUACGUACCUGUUCUUCAGUCACAGUAGCAUGGCUUGGCACCCAAGAAAGGAGAAAGUUUUGUAUCUACAGAAAGGAAGUGGGUGGAAACUACAGUGAAGAUCAGAAGAGAAGAGAGCAAAACCAGUGCCUUGGGCCAGACACCAGAAAGAAGUCAGAGAAGGUCCUUUGCAAAUACUUCCACAGCCAAAACCUGCAGAAAGCUGUGACCACAGAGACAAUCAGAGAUCUGCAGCCUGGCAAGUCUUACCUACUGGAUGUUUAUGUCGUAGGACAUGGGGGACACUCUGUGAAGUAUCAAAGUAAACUUGUGAAAACAAGGAAGGUCUGUUAGUUACCUUGAGUGAAGAUCGGUAGAAGUCCAGGAAAGACAUGGAAUCACACUGCCUGUACCUGACUACUCUUGUGACAAACAGAAGUUGUACUUGAAAGAAAGGGUAACAACAUGUGUAUAUUGAUGCCUGUCUAAUGUAACAUGGAGACUUGUACUCACACAUACCUGUGGUACUUAGGGUCCAUCUCUCUAAUGCUGGUUAAUGUCAAAGGAAGAGGGUAUCUCAAUGGAUACCACCCCUUGCUUGGACCAUUGCAUGAACUGCUUCUAAAUUAUUUUAUUACCUAAAAUUUUAAAAUAUGCCAUUCAUUGCACACAUUCACAAAUACAAAUAAUUCCUCUCUAUAGAUGUUAGGGGAAAUUUAUAUAUAAAUAUAUAAAUAUAAAUUAUUUUAUAAAGUCUGUUUUAAAUGUUGGUGUUUCUAUUAUUGUAAGCUAUUAAAUUCUUUCUCUGUUAAAGUAUAGAUCUAAUCUAAGAUUGUAUCACCCUCUAAGCAGUAAUAUUGUUGUAAAUUCUUAUUCGUUCAGUAAAAUGUUUAAAUGCUGUCUGUAUGUAUCUCAUGUAAAAAGUUGAUAUACACUAUAUUCAUGUAUAUAAAAUUAAGAAUAUUAGAUUAUUACACUGUUCAUUUUCCCAAGCAGUACUGUGGUAUAUUCAAUUAGUUAUCUGUUCUUAAAAGUGUGCUCUUCUGUAAGUUGGCACCAAAAUUUAGUCUUAUGUAGUAGCUAGGAGGGAAUGUUGCCUCUCUCGACCUUUAUUGGCAUCAAGAGCUGGUUAUUCAAGUCUGGAUUUGGGAACUCAGUGGGAGCCGAUGAACUGUAAUAGGCUUAUUUGAGCAUAGGACAAGCCAAACACUAUCAACCUGAUAAGUGAUCAUUUUAAACAUUUAUUUUCCAUUUGCUUAAAUUUUGGCAAAUCUUUGAACCGCUAGCUGAAACAAGCAAGAAACCCUGAUUAGGACUUUUGUCAAUCACAACACAACACUACAUCAGCUGUUUACAAGAUUUACAAAGCACUGCUGCAGGUAAUUUUGAGUUUUCAACUAUUUUUAAAGGUAAUUUUAGUGUAAAAUACAAGUCUAGCAAAUAACAUCUGCAGGCUCUUCCAAGGGAGCAUGAGGGCAUGGUUUAUCCUCUACAGAUUUUAGUUGGAAAUCCUAAGGCAUCAUGAGACUACAAAAGCAAGAUUCAGAAAUGCUUGUAAUUGUUGAUCACCUAAAAUAAUAUGAUUUUAGGAGAAUGUUACUGCCCACUACCCCCUUUCCAAUUUAUAAAGUUGAGGAAGUGGUAGAAGUGGAUGCAAUGACACUGUGAGAUCCCUUCUGUCAUGAGAAGUUGCCAUUUGCAAAAUCCUGAUUCUACCUACUCCUUACAUUCUAUGGCUACACUGGGGACAGGCACAAUGGUUCCUGUUUUUGCUGACCACUGCAUGCCGGCACAGCUUUGCUGGUGAGAGCUCACCAGCAGCAUUGCAAUGGAGUAUAGGAUUACUGUGACAGAGAUGGGGCUUGUAGAUCCCUAAGACUUACCUUAAGAGAAAAUACAACUGUUAUGGCAUACCCUCUAAAUCCUUGGCAGUAACUUUCAGCAAAAUUAUUCCAUCCAUGCAAUGCAGAAACAAUAUCUGAAAUAAUUUUUUGAAAGCUGAUAACUAUAUACUCAAUGCUUUAUUUAAGAAGCUUCAAUAAAGGAGAGACUGACAAAUUAACACCCAGAGAAAUUAUAUUCAGCUAUAGAUGUGGGAAAAACAGCUUCCUAAUGUUGCUGAGCAACUUGUAAGUGGGACUACAAUGAAUCAGAUUACUGUUGCUUUGAAGGUCUGAGGUCUUGGAUACUGCCUAAUUCCCAGCAUCUGGGAGCCAGGUUGAGCUGAUCUAAUCAAGCUUUGAGUUUUCUGCUAGGUGUGAUGGUAGUUUCUUCAUACUGUGGACAAAUACAAGAAUCCUCUAAUGACCCUAGAGGGAAAAAAUGACUUUUCAAACUAAGGAAAAUUAAACACACAUCAUGAAAUGUUUACUACUCACAACAAAGGGGAAACCUAUGAAAAUCAUGUCUUGCUACUCACUGAUGCAGUAAGAUUUCAAGAGCAUCCAGGCAGAUUGGGGACAAGAAAGGAAGACUCAUUCGUUUACAUUUUAACUACAAGCUUACUAAUAUUAAAGCAAAACCUGGCCUAUGCUAAUCUCUGAAUGAACAAUAGAUACUGAGGUGGAUGAUGCUCAAUGCCAUGUAGAGACGGAUAUUGAAAAGAGAAGGUUUUUGAGAUAUUUAACUCCUUAUCUUUCCUUUUCAAGCACAAUGGCAGAGAAAGGACAGAAUAUAUUUAAGACAAGAUUAACAAAAAAUAGAAAAGUUUUACCCAAGUGUGGUGGUACACAAAUGUGUAUCACGAGAUGGAGGCAAAUGGAGUUCUGUGAAUUUAAGUUCAGCCUGGUCUAUUUAAUGAGUUCCAGGCCCACUAAGGGCUACAAGGUGAGACUCAGUCCAGGAAAAUGAAACAAAGCAAAACAAACAAACAAAUGGUUUUAUAGUUGAGUUAAGCAAGUUACUACGUAGACUCCAAAAUGCUUUCCAAAUACAAGUCACAAAUUUUUGUUUGAAAAAAUGUUCAUUCAUAGGUUAGUUUUUAAAAGUAGUCUUUUAAUACAAUUAUUCUUAAGUUCCUUAAGAACUGUGAUGUCUAUAAUUGAUUACUUCAAAGUUAAAAGAAAAGAAUUUUGAAGAUGAAUUAUUUCUAAUGUAUGUUUGCAUACACAAAGUCAAGUCUAGAAGUUUAUUAGUCCAUUUAUCUAUGUAUAUGCAAACAUACAUUAGAAAUACUCUGUCUCCAAAACAUAUAACAGAAUUUUAAAAAUUAACUUGUAAUCAGCAUGUAGAUUUUUAUGUCUAUGAAUAUUUUGCCUGCAUGCAUAUCUCUGAACCAAGUGUGUGCCCAGUGCCUGUGGAAGCCAGAAUUGGGUGUGAAAAUAUGAGCGCUGUGGGUACAGAUGAUUGUAAGCCAUUAAGUGGGUGCUAGAAAAUGAACCUCAGUUCUCUGGAAGAGCCAGUGCUCUUAAUCACUGAGCCAUCUCUCUAGCCCCAUGUUUUUAAACAUGCACUCAAAGAUUAGAGUUAAAAGGACUUAUACAAUGCUUGAUUUGGUUGCCCAAAACCCAUCUGAAAUAACUAAUAUUUCUAUGUCCUGAAUAGUCAAGUAGAAAGAUGAGUGUUCAGUUUAAUGUGGAAAAUUAAAGACAUACUUAUUUCUUCUUUAAAAAGUUUAAAAAAGAUUUUUUGUAUAUGUCUAGAUGUUCUGUGUGCAUACAGGUUUCUUGUGUCUUCAGAAGUCUGAAGAGGGCAUUGGAUCCCUUGGAAUUGAAGUUACAGAUGGUUGUGAACUGACAUGGGGACUUGGGAAAUUGAAUUGGAGUCUUCUGGAAGAGCAGUAAGUGCUCUUAUCCAUUGAGUCAUCUCACCAACCUGAUAACUUAGUGUGUACUGACUACUUUGUGAGGCUUGGGGGUGGGUACAUCCAGUGAAAUUACACACAAACACAUUUUCGCCAUCAAUUUGGUGAGUAGGAGUUUAAUAAAAGAUCCAUUCUAGCACUUCCUUCCAUAGGUAAACCAGCCUUACCCCAUCCACCUUAUAAUGAGGUCUACUCAGGACACCAGCCUGGUUACUUAACUCCCUUCCAACACCUUAUCAACAGUUCCACAGAUAUCUAGCAAUGACAUUCCACUUUACAAGGAGGAAAGUGAAGUCUCCCCAGGACUGGAACCUUUCUUCCCAAUUUACUGCUUUUUCAGGACUUGGUUUUAAGGAUGAGUUCACUUUAGGAAGCAUACAACAGCUUACCCAGUUUAUUUCUACAGACCAGCUGGCUGAACAGCAAAACAAGAGAAAAAAACAUGCUGGCUGACUUGAACUAGCUCAUUGGGAAAUCAAGACUCCUGCUUCCUUUCCCACCUUAAUAAGGUGUCAUAGAGAUAAAGUCUGCUGGGAACCUGCCCUCAGCUUCUCCCCCCAGGACCAAGCUGAUGUGGCUCCAUGCAGAUGUCAGCUACCAUCUAUUUGUCAGUUUUCUGAGUUGUCUGGGAGGCAUCAGGACACAUCCAGCACUGGUUUUCCUCAGGGAACUUUGCUCAGAAGAAUACAAGGUAGUGUGCUAUCUCAGCCCUUGUUGUCGGUUUGAAAACAGGAAGUACCAGAGAGAAGAGCAACACAAACAAUAAAGUACAGAAAGAAGAGCAGGUUUACCAAUUUCCUUCUCUCAGAGGCCCAGGAGAUAGAGAGAAGUGAGAGCUGUAAGACAAUAAGUUCUAUUAAGAUUUUGCAUGCUGUCCUACAUGAAACUCACGCUGGAAAUUCUGACCCAAAUUACCAUCCUCUGUUAAAACUGUAUCCUACUGACAGAAACUUUUCAUUUCCUAGGGAUGCCCAACGUAUGUGUAAACAUGAUUGGAUUAAGUUCUCUUUACACCUUUCCUUUCCAAUCAUGAAAAAUAUGCUUAUCUAUUUAGGCCAUUUAGAACAGCCUUUUAUAGUCACCUAUAUUUCUUUCAUAGAUAGUUUUGUAAGAUUCUUCUCACUUGCAAAUGGGAAAGAAAAGUUGUUGAUGUACUGCCUAGAAAAAUAAUUGGCCCAAAAUUGAAGGACUGAGUCUUAGGCAUGCCGACAUUGCUUCACUGUCCCUACGUAGGUCUCAAUACAGACAGGAAGGGACCAGCUGUUGUGUGGGAAGGGACCCUGGGUCCUAGUCAGAUCUGAGGAGGUUUAUACUGUUCUGCACUACCAUGUUUUCACAGUUGUAGGGAUUACAUCCAGAGGCAUUCAGACCAAGGAUGCUACUGGAACAAAGCCACUACUCACGUCACUGCCUAGGAGAACGUUCCAGGAAAAUAGGUCUUCCUGAAACUUGUGAGAAAUGUGUUUUGAGACUAAGCCAAGGGCAGACAUAGGAGGCAACCUCCCAGAACAGAUUAAGUAAGGGAAUUAUGUUUGAGUAGACACAAAGGUGUAAAUCAGAGGGAUGGAGGAGAUCAGUGCUGAUUGAGGGUGGCAGGGGGCAGAUAGUGCAGUCGAAAAAACAAGACCAAACUGAAAAAGCAACUUGAAUGAGCCUGCUGUUUCAGGUUGGGCCCAACAUAAAACUGGACUAUUUAGGCAGCAGUUUCUAAUAACAGUCUCAGGAUUGUUUUGAUUUGCAUUUCCCUGGUGAAUAAGGAUGCUGAACAUUUCUUCAGGUGCUUCUUCAUCAUUGGAGAUUCCUCUGUUGAGAAUUCUCUGAUUAGCUCUGUACCCCAUUCUUUAAUUAGGUUAUUUGAGUUGUUGUUGUCUAAUUUCUUGAGUUCAUUAUAUAUUGUGGCUAUUAAUCCUCUAUUGGCUGUAGGAUUUUUUCUUUUUUUUUUUUUACCCCAAUCUGUAGGUUGCCAUUUUGUCCUACUGACAAUGUCCUUUGCUUUACAGAACCUUUCCAAUUUCAUGAGGUCCCAUUUAUCAAUUGUUGAUCUUAGAUCCCAAGCCAUUGGGAUUCUGUUCAGGAAAAAUCUCUCUGUGCUGAUGCAUUCAUGACUAUUUGCCUUUUCUUUCUAUUAGAUUCAAUGUAUCUGGUUUUAUGCUGAGGUCCUUGAUCCACUUGGGCUUGAGCUUUGUGUUCCCUCUCUUCCUCCCUCCUCCCUUCCCUCCUUUUCUCUCUCUCCCCCUUCCUUUAUCUCUUUUUCCCGUCUCCCCCUCUUCCUCUCUUUUUAAUCCUUCUCCCUCUCACUCCAUCUUUUCAUAAACUGCCUAAAAUUAGUUUCCAUUCAAACUAUCAUGAUUUGGAAAAAAGAAAAUAUGUAGUUCUUUUCUUUAAUUGCCUCUUGGUAUAAUCUCUCCAACUAUGAAAACAUGGUAGGAUAAUAUAAGCAGUUUUUAGGGUGACCCUUACAAAGCCCCAAGGUAUACACAAUUAAGCAUUAUUCUAACAAGAUUUUGCUUCUGAGAAAAAUGAUCUAUACUAAGCAGAACCAAGCAUUUAGUACUUGGGACACAGAAGAUCGAUUGAGGUGUUUAUAAAAUAUACUCUGAACUGUCAAGGAAAACUAAGCGUAGGAGUGCCUUUUAUCACACUGGAUGGAAUUGUCACACAGUGCUAGUCCAAAGAAGCACAGGGGAAGGUCUGUUCUGAAUAUUCUCUGUACCUGGAUCUGAGGAAGAGGCUUGGAGGCUAAGAACACUGGCUGUUUUUCUAUAGUACUUGAGUUCAAUUCCCAGCACCUACAUGGCAAGUCACAACCAUUUGUAACUUCAGUCUCAUUUCCAAAACCCUUUUGGAGUUUUUGCAGUCACCAGGCAUGAAUGUGAUACACAGACAUUAUGCAGACAAAACAGCCAUACACAUAAAAUAAAUAUAUUAAUUUUAAAUGUGUCUGAAUGCAAAAUAACUAGAUUAUGACUUAACCAUUCCUAUAGUAAUGACAAUGGGUAUAGAUAGCUAUAAGCAGUUAACAGCAACUCUGUAGUCCAAUGCUUGGUUUCCACGUGGGUCAGCAGUGGCUAAACCUUAGCACAUUUCAUGCUUCCUGCAUUUUCUGGAUAUGGUAAGAGCUUGAAGUGAGACAAACAAGUACACAUACAUUUGCUUAAAUACAGAAAUAAUAUUCCAGCCAUUUUAUCAUGGCAAAUGUUUUAUAGGCCAUUUAAAUUAGUAGCAUUAACUUUCUAUCUCCUUAUGGGUGUAAAGCUUGCCAUUUCUGUCUCUCAGCCAUAAGGUACAGGCUGUUGAAUUCCUCAGUCUUUCACCAACGCAAAACACGAUGCUUCAGAACAAGGAAAUAACAGAAGUCUGAAACAAAGGUACUGAGUCACAACACAAACAAUUCAUUGUUGUACAGGUCUGAGUGACUAAUGUGAGAGACUUGGAGCUUCAGUACAGCUGUGUGCUGCUCUACAAAUCAGAUGCCAGCCCCAUGGGCAGGCAUUUCAGGAGAUCCAACUUGAAGUGGACAGAUGUGUACUGUGUUCUAGAGAUUUGGGUACCAAAACACAUGGAACAUUCAUGUUCUGCUGUGGAAAUCUAGGAGAAUCAGAACUACUGUUUUUAAGAGUUCAUAGACUGCUGAUUGUCCUUCAUAAUGCUCACUCUGACUUUCACAGUCUCCAUAGCUUACCCAUAUUAAAAAGAGGAAAAUAUUCCCUUAUUCUGCUGAGCUUUCUUUUUCUUCCUAAAGUCUUUAUAAGAGAAAUGAGAGCAGUAGAAAUGAAAUGUUGGGUGUUCUUUUAAAAAAAAACAUCUGGGAAAUAAACUUUUUUAUUUGUAAAAUUAGGGCCAUGAUGGUCAUCAUGUUUCCUUCUGGAAAAGCAGGGGAAACGAAGUUCACACUGAUUGCUGAACAUUUGAAACACAGUAGUUCAGUGAUCAUAGCAAUGAUCAGAUGGGGCUGGGGUUGCAUUCUUGUUUACCAAAAGGAAAGAACAAAGAAAUGGUACAAUGUACCCAAGACCACAGGUUAAGAUAUAGUAGAACCAGGAUGUGUGAGAGUCUUCCGGCUUUGAACAUGUGCAUCUCUCUGUUCACCCCUAUGGUUAUAAGUGGUAGUACUUAUUCAUGAGCCAGAAUUUCAAUAGGAUAGGGUACUGGGAAGUCAUAUGAAAGAAAAAAGGAGAAAUUAGCAUGCUGGAAACUUGCCCUGCACAUUGACACAACACCUGUGAGAUGAAUAAAUGCUGGAAACAUGAGACAGAAGAGAAACCAUUGACAAAUGGUUGCUGAGUUUUUUUAUAUUGUGUAGAAUUUUCCUAUUUUAUACUGUGUCAUAUGCUACCAUAAUAAAAUUGGCUUGUAUUUGAUUCCAUCUGUUAGUGUAUAGAAUUUGCUGCAAUUCUCAUAUAUGAUGUGAACGUCUGUGAUAUGUAUUAAUAAAGGUAUCUUCGAUGCUCCUGUUCAGUACACAAA